GGAGCGUGGCACCGCCGUAGAAAACCGGUCUUGCCAGUACAAUGUUGACAAUGUUCUAUUUAUACAGCGCAGAUCGAUGAGAACGUCAGACCUGCCUUGUUGUAUUUAUAUGGUUUGGAUGGUUAUAAAGAGACCUCCAUUAUUAUAUUCUGAUAGAAAAACAGUUCCGAUGUCUACCUAACUCCCGCACGUGCUCCGACAUGGCCGAGGCUGCCAUAGAUACGAAUCUGGACGACCACACAAUCGAGGACACCACUAACGUUAACCCAGACACAGAUGAACCGGUCUACGAGGAGGUGGGUCCGACUGAUGACCCCCCUGCCCCACAGGACGAGGACCCGACCGCCCCACCUACCGACAAAUUGCCCCCUCCCGAGAUCAUUUGGAGCGAUAGGACGUAUACUCUCGGACAACUGACGGAGGAGUCUGGAAACCUCCAGAGGGUGUGUCGGUUUUCCGAGGCCCCAGGGAAGGGAAAUUUGUAUCCGGGGCUGAAGAUUUACUCGGAACAGCCCGUGUGGUUACACAGUAAAUACACCAAACGACAGGUGAAGGCUCGGACUAUUUACAAAGACAAGGACGGAGCUUACUUCGAGGUCGGACAAACUCUUUUGAUACCGGAUGAUUUCCAAGGUUGGUUCGAGCUAGUACCUCCGGACUUCACUAGGGCGCGCUGCUGUAAAGACAUUGCUGAGGUUGCUAGUGUGAUGCCAAAGAAAAUCUUCACGAGAACGAGAUUAAGGGGAAUUCGAAUAGUUCAGGAAGGAGAUGAGCAAAGCUAUCUGGAGAGAAAAGUGUCUGCCGGAUCUAUUCUUCGUGUGGAGGGCACGUUCUCCGCAAAAUGGCGGACGUCAGCAGAAACGGGUGUAAUGAAAAAGAAAAGUAAAAACUGGACGACAGAAGAAGAGCAAUAUCUUAAAUGUUUAGACAAAGACGGAAAAGAAGUCAUGAUUCCAUAUAAACAAAAAGGCAAAUUCAAUAUCAUUUAUGAGAAAGGGUCCAAAGAUAGUAGAUGUAUAUUGCAUAUGAAGGAUAUAGUUUCUAAUUUUACUUUGCCACUUAAAGUAAGACUCCUGUUCGGAAAAGCCCCUGUGAAUCCAUGUAUAUUCACAGGAAUGAUGGUGCUGAAAAGUCACUCUCUUUGUGAAAGCAUUGUGGGAAGCACGGCGUCCAACCGACGUAACGUUCUGUUCGAGCUGCCUCUAGACUUACCGUGUGUUGUGGAGGUAGUAGAGAACGAGCGUGAAAGUUGUUGUCACAAGAAGGCGUACAAGGACAGUAAGAAAUUGUGUCAUAUGUAUGCGUCGCCAUAUUCGUCAUUGAUCAAACUUUCACCGGAAAUGGACACUGACCAGCAGUUGUAUCAGCACAUUCCUACCGCCAAAGCCAAGCGUGGAGCAGACGACAGUCUGCAGACACUGGAUCUCAUCACCAACAUCAGUCUGACGGAUGGACCCGUUGACACCUUUAUACAGGAAACCUCCGACACAGAGUCCAUACAGAGCGCCGACCAGUCCGGCGCGGCCAUCAAGGGUAGUCUCGUGGAGCUCAAGGAAAUCACGACAGACAGGUCACAGGAUGAUGCGACGUUAUGCUAGGAUAACGGGAGAUGAAUUUAGAAUUCAAGAUAUUGAAAUUUGCCUAAAACUGAAUAUCCGAUCAAGGAAAUAUGUGAUGUGUUUCCCAGUUCUGUCACAGUUUUUAAUUGUGAAUCAUUUAUAUUAAAUAUUCUUGCUUUUGCACAUUUAGAAAGCAACCCUAGUCGCCGUUGGUUUAGACUUCUGCAGCAGAACCGUAUUGCCAGCGUGUCCUCUGAUCAUGUCCUCCAACAGUCUGCUCAACUUGAUGACGAGUAUUUUUCCUGUGAUUUUAUUCUCAUAUCUAUGGUAAUUUAUAUGAAUGCUUACAGAGGGGAUUCACGAAGGAUUCAAUUAUAUCUUCAUUGUUUAUAGCGGGUAGCAAAAGUUAUUUUGGACAUAUAUGUACAAUGUAUAACUAUGCAGUUUCUUUAAAAGCCUGAUGAUAAUUAAAUUGAUCUAUUUAUUUGCCAAAUUAUUGUGUCUUCUUUGUAGUUCUCUGUUUCUUUCAAGUUUUAAACACACGCAUUGAAAUCUUUGUAUACAAUGUUUCCUGAUGCUUAAGUUAAAACGACUUGUUCCGGGAGAUUUGAAUUCCUGCUAUGGGAUUGAAUUAUACUUUGGUACCGACCACGGUGGUAAUGUAAUAAUACCCACACAAUGGUGCGGACAGUGCUAACGAAGUUCAUUUACAAUUAGAUCACUUAACUUAUUCAUAAUGUUUAUGUAGCUCACUUUUCAUGUUAGGAUUUUGGUAGACGCAACCGAAAUUCUAAGCACACCACCAACAUACCUUGUAUCC